AUGCCCAGCACUACAUGGACAGUGGAGAAGAGAGAUAGUUUCACAAGCUACAUGGGCCAGGUUCUCGAAGGAUGGCAAACGCUCGCCAAUGCUACAGUGAACCAUCUUUUCAAUGGCUCUAAUCCGGAUUCAAUCAAGGCACUUUGGAGCCUUAUUUCAGACGGGAAAAUGAUUGAAGCCGGCGUCAACGGCGACGGGUCGAGUCUUGGGACGGAGAUUGUCCCGGGUAGUAUCAACCUCAAGGAACACGUUGCAAAGACCUUCUAUGGAUAUACCAUUCCUACAAUAUGGAGAGUCGCUGAGUAUUAUGCUUUCGUUCUUGACUCAGGUUACGACUGUAACGCGGAAUAUCCUUCCGAGGAUUACGUGAGCAAAGAAGCCAUGGAUGCUACCAGCACCUGUUACGGCGGGCGACGUUACUACUUGGUCUAUCCGAAAGAAGACGGCAUUGGAGGCUGUCACAAGAGUUGUAACACGGGCGGUUCUUGCCAAGAUAUUUGCGCAUGGAACAAGUUUAGGGCUCCACCGGGUAUCGAAGCUUUCGACGGGACCAGUUUUGGAGGUAUGUCGGCAAGGGAUAUCAUCAUCGGCUCCGUUCGCACUUACGAGCAAAACGGGAAAAAGAACAAAGCAAUGCCUGAAGACAAAGUCGCUGGCGAUCUCAACACGGACCAUCUUUUCGACCUCGACGUCACCACACCCGGAAUCAUGCGCCUUCCAGUAUGCAGCCCCGAGCGCGCAUGGCAGUCGUGGGAUACGGCUGCCAAGGGCUCCAGCCCCUUCUACCCAUGCGACAUCCCCCCCGGGCAGAGGUCAUGCAACAAGUCGACUUACAAGGACGACACGAGCAAUGCAUCCCCGUUGGCGUCGGACUGCGAGGUUAUGAUCAAGAACUUUGAGAAUGACGGCUCGACCAAGUGGACAACACAGACUGCAGAUCUUCAGCACAGGGAGCUUGGACACUAUGGCACCUGCGCCUUUGGAGUUGAAGCGACGGAGCUCAAUGGAAACAUACACUUCCAUUUCGGUGGCGGGGAUCUCAUCGAGGCCAUCAACACCUCCAUCAAGCAGUUUAAGAAGAAUGGCAAGAUCGGUGCGUCUGGUAAGGUUCUUUGUGCUGGCAAUACGGGCAUGACGCAGCCAGUCUUAUGGGGCAUCUACCAUACCUAG